AUGGAGGAAGGAACCAAAAACAAAUUGGUUUAUGAACAUUUUAGAAUUGUUAAUGCAUCUAUUCCUGGAGUGCUUCAUAAAUGUCCAUAUACUUUUGUUAACUUUACAAAUAAGCCUGUCAAAGUAGACGAAAUCCCUUCAAUAUUUCCGAGUGGAGAUUAUAAAUCCAUAUUCAGUUAUUUAACUAAACAAAGAAAACUGGUUUUGGAGUCAACUUCAAUAUUUACAAUAAUUUCAUCUAGUCAUUUGGAAAAUGAUUGA